CCCCCCCCCCCCCAUCACGCUGUUCCUGCCAAGCCAGACAGAAUAGCUGAAUUGCAACUUCUAACGCAGGCUCAUCCCGAGUCUUUUGAUUUCUGAGUGAACUAAACUUAACAAACGCAUCGACAAAACGCUUUUCCAUCGACGUGUACCGAGGGCAACUCUGGACCGGUUCCGUUCGACACCUACGUCUCCCCUGUCAGCCGCUGGUGUCAUCUGGAUGAACCAUCACCAUCCUCCACGGCCCGGAUCCGAAAGAGGGUCCACAAGAGUUCGGUCUCCACGAGGUUUGCACACACUGUAGCUGGUAUUUUGGCCCAUUCUUCCUGUGAUGAUUUGAGGCUGUCGUUAGGCAACACGGACGUUCCACUCCCUCCACAGGUUGGUAUGAGGUCUGCAGACUAACUAGGCCACUUCAGAACCUUGAAAUGGCGUUUACAUAGCCACUCAGUCGUUGCUCGGGCGGUGUGUUUGGGAUCAUUGUCGUGUUGGAAGAUCCAGACGUGUUUCAUCUUCAAUGCUCUCACUGAUAAAAUGAGUUUUUUGCCCCAAAUCUCACCAUACGUGGCCCCAUUCAUCCAUUUCCAAAUGCGGUGUUCAUGGGAUGUAACUCAGCAUACUUACCCACCAAACUCAGAGAGUGGCGUUUGUACCAAAGACUUUUAUUUUGGUCUCGUCUCACCACAUGCCAUUCUCCCAAUCUUCCUCUGGAUCAUCCAAAUGGUCUCUGGCAAACUAUAGCCAUCAUGUGUAAAAACUCAAUAGGCUUAAGCAGGAGGAUUUUUCAAAAUUUUUAUUUAACUUCAUUAUUUCCCAAAGGUAAACGGUAUUGUGUUCAAACAAAUUUCAAUUAAAGUUUAAAGCACUUUGUUAAACAUUAAAUUUAAAUACUUUAAGAUUCCUCUAAAUCUAAGACCAUGGUCUUGAUUCAGAAAGGGUAGAAUGCCUUCUCGGGUCAAGGAUGAGGUCCUACCCCAAAUGGAGGAGUUUAAGUAUCUCGGUCUUGUUCAUGAGUGAGGGGAAACUGGAGCGUGAGAUCGAUAGGCGGAUUGGUGCUGCAUCUGCAGUGAUGCGGGCGUUCUACCGGUCUGUCGUGGUGAAGAGAGAGCGGAGUCAGUAGGUGAAGCUCUCUAUUUACCGGUCGAUCUACGUUCCUACCCUCACCUAUGGUCAUGAGCUUUGGUUAGUGACGAAAGAACGAGAUCUCGGAUACAAGCGGCUGAAAUGAGUUUCCUCCACAGAGUGGCUGUUAUCUUAGAGAUAGAGUGAGAAGCUCGGUCAUCUGGGAGGGGUUCGGAGUAGAUUUGCUGCUUCUCCACAUCGAGAGGAGCCAGUUGAGGUGGCUCGGGCAUCUGGUCAGGAUGCCUCCUGGAUGCCUCCCUGGUGAGGUUUUCCGGGCAUGUCCAACCGGGAGGAGACCUAAAGGUAGACCCAGGACACGGUGGGGGGACUAUGUCUCUCACCUGGCCAGGGAACGCCUUGGGAUUCCCCUGGAAGAGCUGGCCCAAGUGGCUGGGAAGAGAGAAGUCUGGGCCUCUUGACUUAGGCUACUGCUCCCGUGACCCGACUCUGGAUAAGCGGAUGAAAAUGGAUGGAUGGAUGGAUGGAUAGAUACCACAAUUAAAAUGAAAGUGCUUCCAGGUUUCAAAGCAAAAUGUUGCACAAGAUUUUUGUUUGAAACGUUGCCGUUAACAGUUGGAGUUAAUCCAUUUUGUUUGUUAGAAAUCUUCUCAUGAACCAUUGGAUGACUGCUCUGAGUCCUCAGAGGUCACACUACAUGUUGCAACACAGUGCGAGAAUGCACAUAAUGUUAUUAUCAGGACUGGACCAAAACGGUGAUGACUCAUCAUUUCCCAACUCUGCCAUGAAUGGAUGGAACGAUUAUUGCUAGACCUUUAAUACUUUUCAGCAUUUAGAACCAAAGUCUUGAACAAUCCCAUUUGCAUAACUAAAUAAAAAAUUAAAGGCUGAAAUGAAACUUAAGAGAAGAGAUGAGCUUUUCAUUGUCUCCCAUCUUGUUUCACCAUUUGGCAUGCUGUCAUAAAUCGAUUCAUCAUCCCUUUUAACUUUAGCUACAGUUCCAGAUUCCACAGUCAUCUGGUUUCUAUUUGAAUCCACUCCCUCCCUUUUGCUUCAGCAGAUACAGAUGUCGGUUGUUUAUAGAAAAUCUAGCAACAGGAAAUACCCCAAAUCUUUAGGGGCCCUGUUGUGAGAAGGGUAAUGGAGGCCAAGUGAAAUAAGAGAGCAAGAACAGUUAACUCUUAGCCAGAUUUCUGCUUUGUAUGGCCAAAGAAGAGCACAACGAAAUUUCAGCUGGCUGCACCCAAAGCAACAUGAUCUACAAAGCCAGAAAAGGAAAGACAAGAGAAGAAACGGGUCUACAUUUGGCCCCGCUUCCCAUCCUCUUUUGCUCUCAGGAAACACAUCCUGUUGCUGGCUGGCUGUGGUGGCUUGUUGCACAUGAGAGAAAGGACUUCAGCAAACGCCUCCCCUGGUCUGCAGACAAAAGAAAGCAUCAGUGACGUCUAAGACUGUCUUUUUUUUUGGACACACAGGCAUGCAUGUGCGUGCACGCACGCGCGCGCGCACACACACACAUACACACACUUUACAAGCAUACAGCGAGUGCGAAAAAGAGUAACAUUUAUCUCAAGUUCUCUACAUCUGCAAACUGACGUAUUGGACCAUGAUGAACAGCAAUUCCACCGUGUUUUUUUUUUGAGAGAGAGAGAGAGAGAGAGAGAGAGAGAGAGAGAGAGAGAGAGCGAGAGAGAGCGAGAGCGAGAGAGAGAGAGAGAGAGAGAGAGAGAGAGAGAGAGAGAGAGAGAGAGAGAGAGAAGCUGCAGGAGGUGGGCUAGAGGACUUCUUGUUCCAGUCAGGCAGCAGGGGCUCUUCAAGUUGAGACAGCCUAGGCUAGCUUAAGCAAAACCAGCAACAAGUUAGCUCCUAGCAAAGCCAUUAAGAGAAAUAUAUAUUUUUUAAUUAUGUUUCUUUAACAGCAAUGCAGGACUGCUUAAGGGAGCGAGUAGGGAAAAGUUCCUGCACAGAGAAUUUCAUUGCACAAAGAUAAGUUAGAAACGUGCAAAAGGCAAAGCAGAAAAGCAAGGAAAAGAGAAUUAAGUUCAAAGAAAAAAGUCAAGCAAGGACAAAAGAGCCAAGCUGUGGCCAGUGGAAGCCAGGGGAAUGGACCCAGGUCCCAGCUGGAUUAAUAAUAAAGUGCCCACACUGUUGUCUGAAGAAGAGGGCUGAAGACCUGCUGCUACGACAACCAACUCCUGAAUGAGGAUGAAUGGAGAUGUUCUUUAGCUAACCUUUAAAUCAAAACUCUCAGCAACUCAUCUGUACGAGUUGUAAGAACACUAGCAGACAGCUGGAGGAAGAGGAGGUCGUGGAGGGGACUCAGGGGGAACAGAGCACAUCUAGUGCCUCUGGCCCAGAGGUGGGGAGAGGACUGAACGCUGAGGACCAACUGCAGCUGGAGGAGGGACACCACGGAGGGGGAGAAGUGGCGGGCAUUAGGCGUCACAUGGCCGUGCAGAGGCUAGUGGCGGCAGCGGUGGUGGUAGCCCUGCUGUCACUGGUCCUGAAUAAUGUUGCUGCCUUCACCCCGAGCUGGGUUCUUCAGGCUCUGGAGGGUGGACGGAAGCGUAAUGUGGGACUGUGGAAGAUGUGCCCCAGUGGAGGAGAAAGAGCUGCAAGUAAGGUGCAAGAGACACACAGGCAGUGUGAGAGCCUGGGAUGGGGGUCUGAAAAUGCAGGCUACCAGGAAUCCCCCAGCACCGCCAAACUGCAGUUCAACAUGAUGCGAGCGUGCAACCUGAUGGCGACAGUGGCCCUGACUGCUGGUCAGCUGAUCUUUCUUCUAGGCUUGGUGGAGCUCCCUUUCAUCACACAAGAGUCCCAGUGGUGGGAGGAGGCCAUCGCUGCACUCUUCCAGCUAGCUAGUUUCGUGCUUGUGAUCGGUCUUGUGACCUUCUAUAGGAUUGGACCCUACACACACUUGUCCUACUCCUGCUAUGUGGAAAUAGCAGCUUGUCUCUUAGCCACGAUGGCCGCGGCCAUGCUCAUCUGGAACAUUUUACACCGACGAGAUGACUGUCUGGCGCCCCGAGUUAUCAUCAUCAGCCGCUCGUUAGCAUCACCUUUUCACCCGCGUCUGGACAACGACUAUGUGGAGUCGCCUUGCUGAGCCACAGGACCUCACAAGCAAAACCAGCAGAGAUGUUAUCUGUAAUAACUCCAGCCUUGAGCUUGGAACGUGACUCAUACGAGAAGACUGCGUUCCUGUGGCUUCAUAACUGCUGGAUUAACUCAUACCUGCGAUUGCACAUGUUUCCUUUUGUAUAAAUACAUCUGAAUUAUUUUGCUAUUUGAGGCACAAAAGUUGCAUAUUUAUGACAGUCUAACCAUAUCUCCACACUGGUAGAGAACUCACGCAGUACCACUUGUGUAAGCUAACUGGUUGCUGGUAUGGAUGAGGACUGUCUUUUAUAAGCCAUCCUUGUAGAAAGAUCGAGCAGGAACUUGACCUUUUUUUAAUGAAACACGCACUUAUUAAAUGGUCCCUAGAAAAUUAUUACAAACAAUGGACCUUAAGAUGCUACAUUACCUCAUAUUUUUCUAUAUUUUAAUUUUUUUACAGUUUAAAUGCAUAUUAAUUAUAUAUGUAGCAAGUAAGCUGGAAAAUUAACAAGGCAGAAGACAAAAAAGUCAGCUAAAAGGUUCAUUCAGUUUAACCAAAUCAGUGGGAACAUUUAGUCAUGCUGACAUUUAAAAUGAAUUUGUAGAUGUCAUGUACAAAAUAAUAAUAAAAAAAACAUGAACUUUCCAUUGCUUAUAUUUAAUGCUUAACCGUUAAAACUCUGCUUGCUUGUGGUACAAAGUGUAUCCCUUAAGUUAAUAUGAGAGUUGUUGUUAGAAGUUGGGACCAGACCACCAACAAUCUGAGCUAUGUGGGCUCUUCCAUGGUAGCAAACCAAAGGGCACAUGAAAAAGAUAAUGCCCUGCAAUGUCAAUAAAACAUUUUCAAAUA